AUGCCUGGCCCAAUUAGGACUGCAUUGAAAGUUGACCUCGACAAGCCUGCCAAAGACCAACCGUAUCUACAUAACAGAUGGCAUCCUGACGUGCCCUUUUGUGGAACCAUCAAGAACGGAGAGACUGUUAAGAUCGAAUGCUUGGAUUGGACUGGUGGACAAAUCAAGAACACCGACGAUGCUGAUGAUGUUGUGAAUGUCGACCUGACUCAGGUCCACUAUCUCUCUGGCCCCUUCGAGAUCGAGACUGCCGAGCCUGGAGACGUUCUCCUUGUGGAAAUUCAAGAUGUGCAGCCCUUCCAGGAUCAUCCCUGGGGUUUCACAGGCGUAUUCCACAAGGACAAUGGUGGGGGUUUCUUGGAUGAGAUCUAUCCUGAGGCCGCCAAAGCUAUCUGGGACUUUGAAGGCAUCUUCUGCUCCUCGCGUCACAUCCCGGGUGUCCGUUUUGCGGGUCUCAUCCACCCAGGCAUUCUAGGCUGCGCGCCAUCCCAUGAGAUCCUCGCAGAGUGGAAUAAGCGCGAAGCCGAGCUCAUUUCAACAACAUCUCUCAAGCGUGUUGUGGCACAACCGCCUGAACCCAAAAGCGUGCAUGCCGGCACCGCCGACGAAGAGACGAAGGCUCGAGUUGGCAAGGAGGGUGCCAGGACGAUCCCGGGACGUCCCGAGCAUGGCGGGAAUUGUGAUAUCAAGAAUCUUUCACGGGGAAGUAAAGUGUAUUUGCCGGUGCAUGUCAAGGGUGCAAAAUUUUCUGUAGGAGACUUGCACUUCUCCCAGGGCGACGGUGAAAUUUCCUUUUGCGGCGCCAUUGAAAUCGCCGGCAUCAUCACCAUCAAGUUUGAUGUGAUCAAAGACGGCCAGCGCAAACUCGGCAUGGUCGGCGGGAAAUCUCCCAUCUACAUUCCCGGCCCCGUGCAACCACAAUUCGGGCCCGGACGAAUGAUCUAUUUCGAGGGCUUCAGUGUCGACGAACACGGCAAACAACAUUACAUGGAUGCGACUGUCGCAUAUCGUCAGUCUUGUCUGCGGGUGAUUGAGUACCUCAAGAGAUACGGGUACAGUGACUAUCAGAUCUACCUGAUGUUGAGUUGUAUUCCGAUCGAAGGGCACGUGGCGGGGAUUGUGGAUAUUCCCAAUGCUUGCACGACCAUCGGGCUGCCCAUGGACGUUUUCAGCUUUGAUAUCUCGCCCGGCGCGGAGGCGGUCAAGAUGGAUCUAGGGAAGUGCGCCAUGGCCACCAAGUAG